UUGCGACGGUGGAUGUUCGCUGAACCGCCGUUGCUAUGUCCUCUUCUCGAGGCAGUGGCCCGGAAUCGGGAGAGCUCAGCGAUUCCGAAGAUGGUUAUAUAGAUACAGAUCCAUUAAGGUACGAACUGAGAAAUAUCCAAAAUGUGAUACACGUUACUCGACAAAACAUUGAUGCACUGAACAACCGGUUUGCUGGAUUUCAACAUCCACCCUCUAUAUAUUUGAACGAAUAUCAAGAGCUAACUAGUAAGUUGCAUGAUUUAGAAUCCAAGGAACAGAAGCUCAAUGAAUUGUUGAAUGCCAGUCGAAUAUCUGGCAGUGCUUCCACGUCAGAAAGUGAAUCUCGCGAAGCAAAGGAGUCCAUAAGGGGUCAGAGAACACCGAUGAGAUCUCUACUGAGGGCUUAUUUACCUAAUCAACAGCGUACCAGUGUACAGGUUCGCGAAGGACUUUCGUUGAGGGACGCGUUGGCCAAAGCGAUGAAACUAAGGAAUUUGACUACAGAAAUGUGCGUGGUAUACAUUUUGGGUGUAGACAAUACGAAAUAUUACACAUCAUGGGACACUGACAUCUCUUUACUGGACUGCGAUGAAAUAUCUGUGGAAAUUUUGGAUAAGUUUCCUAUAACUACUUCCAUUUCGCAUAACUUUGUGCGCAAGACUUUCUUUUCGCUAGCGUUUUGUGAAUGUUGUAGAAAACUCCUAUUUCAGGGAUUUUAUUGUAGAACAUGCAAUUAUCGGUUUCAUCAAAGGUGUGCAGCAGGCGUACCGGCUUUGUGUCAUCAAGUACGUAUGCAAGACGCUUAUUACCAAGCGUUACUGGCGCAUAAUCUUGAGAGUACCGCUGGGAUUCUGCAACUUCCGUCUGGUUAUGGUUUAAGCAGAAGUAUGUCUCCGUCUCUAGCACCUUCGAGGAAUCAGAGGCAUCCGCGUUCUUUGGGACAACAAGAUCGCUCCAGCUCAGCGCCUAAUGUUUGUUUUAAUAUGGUCAAACCAAGCGGCGAAUCCGGUAAUUUAGACGAAUACAGUAGAUCUCAAAGUUUAGGUCGGCCAAUUGGUAUUAUGCAAAGUGCAGUAUCACCUGGUAGUAGUCCAACGAAACAUAGUCAGUCAACGCAGGCUAGUCCAACUAGUACUUUGAGGCCAAAAAGACAAAGAGCAAGAUCAGCCGACGAAUCGUCUAAAAAUCUGUUGGCACCUAGAGAAUCCAUAGAGGAUUGGGAAAUUCCAGCGGAUGAGAUUUUAGUUGGAGCUCGUAUCGGAUCUGGUUCAUUUGGAACGGUGUAUAAAGCUCAUUGGCAUGGACCGGUAGCUGUGAAAACAUUAAACGUUAAGAUACCUACUGCUGCUCAGUUACAAGCAUUUAAAAACGAAGUGGCGGUGUUACGUAAAACACGACAUGUAAAUAUUCUUUUGUUUAUGGGAUGUGUGAGCAAACCGCAGCUUGCAAUUGUUACUCAAUGGUGCGAAGGUUCUUCGUUGUAUAAACAUUUACACGUAUUUGAAACGAAAUUUGAUUUAUUCACGUUGAUAGAAAUUGGAAGACAAACUGCACAAGGUAUGGAUUACCUACACGCAAAGAACAUUAUCCAUAGAGAUUUGAAAAGUAACAAUAUAUUCUUGCACGAUGACCUUACCGUGAAGAUUGGCGAUUUUGGCCUGGCUACAGCAAAGACUAGGUGGUCUGGUUCUCAACAAUUCCAUCAACCAACCGGAUCUAUCCUUUGGAUGGCACCAGAAGUUAUAAGAAUGCAAGAGGAAAAUCCAUACAGUUUUCAAUCGGACGUUUACGCGUUCGGCGUUGUUUUGUUUGAAUUGUUAGCUGGCCAAUUACCGUAUUCACAUGUUAAUAAUAAGGAUCAAAUACUAUUUAUGGUCGGACGUGGAAAUUUACGUCCCGAUUUAAAUAAAUUACGUUCAGAUACUCCAAAAGCAUUAAAGAGACUGACGGAAGAUUGCAUCAAAUUUUCCAGAGAAGAAAGACCAAUAUUUCGCCAAAUUUUGGCUAGUUUAGAGGGUCUUUCACGAGGAUUGCCGAAAAUCACAAGAUCAGCAUCUGAACCAAAUUUGAACAGGACACAACUACAAUCGGAUGAUUUCGUAUACACCUGUGCUUCACCAAAAACUCCAGUGAACUUUCAGUUUGGGGCAUUCUCUUUUUAUCCUACCGGUGGGAACAUAUAAAAAGUAUAUCACUCGAAGCAAUGAGUUUGAUGCAAUUUGAAUAAAUAAAAUAUUUAAAGAAGGAGCGGGAGAAAGUGGAAAAAAGAAAAAGAAAAAGAAAAAGAAAAAGAAAUUUCAAAGGAAUGAUAAUAAACUUAGCUACGAACAAUCUAUGCAAUUCUUUCCAACUACACUUUGACUGUGUUGCAAGACUGUUCCCUCGAUGUAGAAUGUGAUUUAAAAAAUACUUAAUGCAAUUAAGAUAAAAAAAAAGAAAAGAGACAAAAAAUUCAACUUAUUAAUCAUCGUAUCUGAUUGUAUUCGGCAAGAACGCAUGUGUAGCUUUUACCUUUACAUACUUACUAUCUAUGAGAAGGACUUUAUUUGAUGAGUCGUCACUCGUGUGUAAAUGCAUAUUUCUAAUGCGUAUACAAAACGACGAUGGUGUGUGUAGAGGUCUGUUACUUUUGUGGAAAUCCUUAUGAAGGAUGUAAAAAUAAAGUAAGUAAUAGAAUUAAACGGCAUUUAAUUCGCGUGGGUCGUUGUUUGUCUGUCUGUGAAGUAUUUUUGCAAUCACCGAAGUGAUUUUUGUACCUACUUCCUUCAUAAUGUCUUGAAUAUGCUCACAUAAGAAUUGUUCCUUUUUUUCAUAACUUGUAGUUUAUUGUUAGAAUGUGUAUUAGGUUUCGUUUAAGAUCACCGCCGAAACUUGUGUAUAUCGUUUUUAAAAACAAAUCAUAAACACCCGGCGACUAAUUAAGUUGAUACUAUAGUAAUGGGUGUAACGUUAACACAAAUUUCACAUUAAUAACUCUCUCUGUUUUUUAUUUUUUAUUAAAUUAUCAUUUUUAGUACCAAUCUUAUUCGACUGAUGAUUUUUUACUUACACGUUUUUAUUAUUAUUAUUAUUAUUUUUUUUUUUUCUUUUUCAUUUUAAUAGAUUAAACUGUUUUGGUUAAAACGAAACUGAAAGAAAAAGAAAGAUUAUGCGGUAUCGAAAUGACAAAUCAAAUUAAAAGUCAAAUAAAAAUGAAAGUGAUACAUGUACACUUGACCUAUUGACUUUAAGCUAUUUGGCAUUAAUAAAAUAUUCGACUCUAUGAAUUGUGUGAGUCACUUAUUCUAGCUUAAAAGUUUAUCGAGAAGCAUAGAUAGGAAUUUAGGGCCUAAGCCAAUAUAAAUUUUAUCAACCGACAAUUAAGGGAAUGCGACUUACCUCAUUGACGAUGAGAAGAAGAAGAAGAAGAAGAAGAAGAAGAAGAAGAAAAGAAAAGGGAAAAAAAGAAGGGAACGUUAUCGAUUAACUUUCAUUUUUAUCCUAUCUUUAUAGUCGACUUGUUGUUCCUCGUAUUUUAAUAUUUAUUCGCUUAUAUUGCAACUACUAUUUUCUUUCUUUUUUUUCUUUGUAAGUCGUUCAUUGUUCGAGACGGACAAUGCAGGAAGGGGCGCGAAUUUCACUUCGAGCCGAUAAAUCGGAAAAUAAAAAGAUAAGAAAAGUAUUUGUUACAUAGGAUCGAAGGUUCGAGUUGAAUAUGUAUGGCAAUUAAAGAAACUUUUGUUACAACUAAACGUGUUUCAGAUAACGGCUCCGACGAGUAGUAAAUAAGUUAACAAGCAAAACGUGUAUGAACUACGAGUAUGUAUAACCACAAGUGUAUGUACAGGGUGUCUCGCGCAAUUUCUUUUUUAAAUUUUCUUUUCAAAUACUCGUGUAUUUUAUUUUCAGGGAUAAUAAAUUGAUAUUUAUUUUCUUCUUUAACGAGAAUGAUACGAUACCCUGUAUAUAUGUAGUAGGGAAGUACUUGAACGUCGACAAAGUCCGUGUAUCAAAAUUUAUUUAUUCCUCUCGAGUAACUAGAGAAAAGUUAAUAAGAAGGUGAAAAAUUAGAUAAACUUGUUACAAUAUUUUGCAUAAUUUUGCGCUUAAAUUCAACAGUCGACCCGGAACACGUUUCCAACAAGUGUGUGUAUGUAUAUAUAUAUACAUAUAUAAAAAUGGCCUAAGAGGAAAUCUUCGAAAUUGAUUAUAUUAGUUGUAUAAUAUUAUAGACUAUUAUAGAGUGGUCUUGUUUCGAAAAGAAAAGCACGCGGCAUCCCGAUUUUUAUUAUUUAUUUAUUUAUGUAUAAUCCAGUGUGAUAUAGACUGCGAUUAAAAAAUAUAUAAAAGAGGAAAAAUAUUUGUUGGAGUGUAGAAUCUCGUCGUAAAUGUAUGAAAAAUAAUAAACUGAAGUGUUCAGUGAUAUAAAGAAAAUGAAAGAACAAGAUUGAAACGCGCGUUCACUGGACAGAAAAAGUCGAAACGAAAAGAAAGAAAAAUAUUGCGAAAAAUGAAGAAAGGGAGGAGAAUGAAGCAAAUGUAGUUGCUUUGCGAAAUUCUUUUACGUUGUAUAUUGACACUUUGACGCCUCAACAUUUCAUUGAACCUAUGACUUUUACAAUUUUAUAUUUCCUGUCAUACCUGUUAUUUAUUUAUACAACUAUAGUAAGGUAUCAUGUUAGAGUCAAAGUAGUAGACCCCGUCAAAGUUAAAUCCAAGUUCUUCUAUGAAAAAUGAAUAGCAUUGUUUAUUAAAUUUCAUUUAAUAAUUAAUUGGAAUUAAGGUUUUCUAACCCCGUGCUUUGCUUUCUUCCUUGAUCGAUCUUCCUGUACGUCAUUAUCAGAUUUUCCAAUGUUAUUAUUACUUACUAUUAUUUUUCUUAGGAGACAUUCCUCUGUACAUUGCUUCGAUAUUUAUAUCGUAUGUCGUAUGUCGUAUGUCGUAUGGUAUAGAAAGAUUUGAUAUACGAUUACAAGUGAUCGAGAAUGUGUUUUUAUGUUGAUUCGAACACUUAGUAACUUAGGAGGUACGUUGUACAGGAUGUUUCAAAAGGUAAAUGAACAAACUUUGUCGUUCUAUUUUACUAGUAAAAACGAGAUAAGAUAUAAGAAUUAAAAAAGGAAUUUAUCGACAGUCUAACACGAUUUCACGAGGAAAAAGUAUCGCAAAAUAUCAUAUACGAUAGGUUUAUCUUAAUUUUUUUCAACAUAAAAUGACUACGUGUCAAUUACAACUAACAACAGUUGAUUUUAAUUUUAAUUUUGAAACAUUCUGUAGAAUCUAACAAUAAGAGUUAUCUUUUCGAGACGUAUGUACAGUCAAAUACAGUCGGCUCAGUUUCAAUAAUUUAAGAAAGCAAAAAAUAAAUAAAAUGACUUGAUGGAUCGAUCUGCGAGUCUCGAAGAGUUAACUUGAGUUUAUGGAUGAAAACUGGUCUCCGAUGUUUCAUAGAUCAGAUGUUAUCGAAGCAAAGUGUGAUUACUCUAGAGAAUAUAAGGCUAUAAACAGCAUCGACAUUGGUUAAUCGUCUACGAGUUUAAAACGAAUCGUUUCCUUCGAAUUCUGCCAGAUAACGUAGCUUUGACACGAAAGGAAAGAAAAAAGACUGGAUCAAGCGAGAUUUUUAGUUUGAUCGUAACAAGAUUUCGGGCCAUCGUUUUUGUCAAAUCACGCUGAAACUGCGUGUGACCGAGAUCGACGAUACUUAAUUCAAUCUCAAUCAUACCGAUCGAUUGAUCAUUGUAUUCAACCAAG